AUGGAUAUCAAUUUCCUUAAAAAAAUUCCCAAGCAUUCAGUUAAGAACUCAACUGACAAAGUUUGUCUUAAAGAAGAUGCAACACAAGCAAUCAAAGGUGAUGGAAAGAAAAGAUUAAUCCAAGCGAUAGGGCUUCCUUUGUGUUCUUAUGUUCUCAUAAUUUUGGUGAAAGUAGUCUAUAAGGCUUCGUUUGAAAGAAAUUCAACUCUAGUCUACCCAAGAGACACUUGGCAUUGUGUCAAUGAGAAUGUAACUGCUUAG